AGCCAGCCACUCUGUCUACCAUUAUCACGUUUUUUUUCUCUCUCUUUAGGUCAGCCGCUUUUCGCUCCCAAUUUUUCUCACCUAAAUUUUCCCAGGAAAGUUACGGAGAAAAAGAGCAAAAGUGUUUCUCUUUCUUAAAUUGAUAUUUUCGGAAACCCUAUGCUGCUUUAGCUUGUUUUUUUGAAUUUUGAUGGAUUCUGUUCCACAUGCAUCACUUACCUCGAUUCUUUAGCAAUAGAGUCGCCAUGGACUCGAAAAGGAGCAGAAGAAAACCUAGACUCGAGCGACGCAAUGCAGCGAAGGACAUCGAUUACGAUGCGGGCUCGUUUUGUUCGUCUCUCGAUGAUUCUUCUUCUUCUUCUUCUUCUCCUCUAGUCACACGAUCGCUCGAUUUGUAUCAAACAAGCUUUCGUCUCGAAGGAACCGACGGAGAGCUCGAUCGAAUUUGUCGGAGAUUGGGCCUUAAUGGUCCUGAAGAUUUUUCAAUCCCGACCGCCUCCUGGGAGGCCCGUAAGAUCAGAUCGUCAUCGGAUCUUCUGCCUCGGUCCAGAUUAAACCGGUUGGAUAGUCCUAAAGAAGAGACAGCUCUAGUAAAAGGCGGCGGGGCCGCUGAAGUAACAGUAGAUGAAUUGGCUGAGCGGGUUUUGGCUACUGAGUUGACUCGGAACGACUCGUCCGAGUUGAAAAGGGAAUGCUGCUUUUCUGAUAAAAUUGCGGUGGAUAAUACUACGACAACCGAAUUGAAGUCAAGCACGUCUUGCGUUUCGAAUGUUGUUGUUGGAGGAGGGAAUAGUGGAAUUAAAGGGGAUAGGCCACCGUUUUUAAAGCCACCUCCGGGAAUAAAGCUAAAAGCGAUCGAUAACGGCUGCUCCACCUGGGAUCUGUUUAGGGAUUUCGGCCCCGAUGACGAUAGAGGGUGUGCAAUUCCGGUUAACUCACAUUCGUCUUCCGAUGACGAAGAAUAUAAAAGAGAGGACGGUGGGUUUAAUGAGGGAAAUACUAAGGAGGAAAAUUUAAUGAGAAUAGGAGACAAUGCGGUGCUUUCAGAGUCUUGUUCUUUCACAACUUCGAAUGAUGAUGAUUCUUCGAGUACUACAACGGAGCCUAUGUCAAAUAUUUCCCCUAACGGUAGGUUCAAAAGGACAAUUACUUAUUGGGAGAAAGGUGAGCUUCUGGGAAGUGGAUCAUUUGGAUCGGUUUACGAAGGGAUUUCUGACGAUGGAUUCUUUUUUGCGGUGAAGGAAGUUUCGUUGCUUGAUCAAGGAAGUCAGGGAAAGCAAAGUGUUAUCCAACUUGAACAUGAGAUUGCGCUUUUAAGUCAGUUUGAACAUGAAAAUAUAGUUCAGUAUUAUGGCACGGAUAAGGAUCAAUCAAAAUUAUACAUCUUUCUUGAGCUUGUAACCAAAGGCUCCCUUUUGCAACUAUAUCAGAGAUAUCAUCUUAGGGAUUCUCAAGUCUCUGCAUAUACAAGACAGAUUCUGCAUGGAUUGAAGUAUCUUCAUGACCGAAAUGUGGUUCACAGGGAUGUUAAGUGCGCAAACAUAUUGGUAGAUGCAAGCGGAUCUGUGAAACUUGCAGAUUUUGGGUUGGCAAAGGCAACCAAGUUGAAUGAUGUUAAAUCAUGCAAAGGGACAGCAUUCUGGAUGGCCCCUGAGGUCGUCAACCAGAAAGGUCAAGGGUAUGGACUUCCUGCUGAUAUAUGGAGCCUUGGUUGUACUGUGUUGGAGAUGUUAACCCGUGAAAUUCCAUACCAUCAGUUGGAAUGUAUGCAAGCAUUGUUCAGAAUUGGUAAAGGUGAGCCACCGCCAAUUCCUGAUUCUUUGUCAAAAGAUGCACAAGAUUUUAUCAUGCAAUGCUUACAAACCAAUCCUGAAGCUCGGCCAACUGCUGCAAAGCUCUUGCAGCAUCCAUUUGUGAAGAGGCCUCCUCCAUCGCACUCAGGCUCUGCAUCCCCUCAUCUUGGCCGGCGGUUUUGAUUGUUCAGCCUUGAAACUAAAUUGCAACAAGUUAUGAGAUGUUUAUUCUCUUUGGGUGCCGCUAUGUCCAUGAUGAAGAAGGAAGACAGCUUUGCGUCCAUAAGCUCAAAUGCUUUUUACCUUUUACUUUUGCCCCUAAAGACUAAAGAGUCAACACAAGGAUAGGGAAAAAGGAGUAUGAGGCAUUCUAUGGGCCCUUACGUCAUUUCCGUAGAUCUAGGACAUCAUGAUCCCACUACAAUGUUGUACAGAAAAGAACUGCUGUUGAAUUAUUUGUUGUGAUUUUCUCUGUUCUGAAAUUGCUUUAGUUUGUUAUUUUGGGUGUAACAUUAUUAUUUUAUUAGGAGAAAUUAUUGUAAGAAAUAGAGGCGCGCGCUGUUUAUUUGUAAAUAUGUAUCUCUCUAAAUUUUUGAUGGAAAUUAGUACUUGUUACUUUUUAAGUACA